AUGACCAAGGCUGCUGGAUGUAGCGAGCGUACUCCGUACUAUCACAUAUCCGCAAAACCUACGGUUGUUUGGCAGUGUUUGUCCGCCUCCAAUCCGUGCUCGCCGGCCCAGAAGUAUUACGCCUCCGAUGCUUGA